AUGAACCGUGUGUCUCGCGUCGCCUCCCAUGUGAAUGCCAGCCUCUCGAGCCCGGACGCACAGCUUGCAGCCACCCCCACAGCAGGCUUCUGCACGGCAGACAAGGCGGAUGACGAUGUGGUGAUUUGCUGUGCGGUUCGCACCCCUCUUUGCAAGGCAAAGCGAGGUUCUUUUGCGAACACGUCUCCAGAGGAGCUCCUGUCCUUCGUGUUCAGGGCUGUCGUGGAGAAGACAAAGGUGAACCCCAAGGACAUUGGAGACAUCCAGGUCGGCAACGUGCUUCAGCCAGGUGCCAGCGGACUCACGUCUCGCAUGGGUCAGUUCAUGGCUGAGCUGCCCUACGACAUUCCCCUGAGCACGGUGAACCGCCAGUGCAGCAGUAGCCUUCAGGCAACAGCCUACAUCGCAGCAGCCAUCAAGAGCGGCAUCAUCGAUGUUGGCCUUGCCGGCGGUGUGGAGAACAUGAGCAUGUUCCCCAUGAUGGCCACCAUCGACAUCACCAAGCUCUCUGCCAAGAUCCUGGACUAUGAGAACGCAGAGGCCUGUUUGCUCCCCAUGGGCCUGACGUCCGAGAACGUGGCCGCAGCUUAUGGCAUCUCCAGGGACCGCCAAGAUGCCAUGGCAGAGGAUUCUCACAAGAAGGCAAUCCAGGCUCAGAAGAACGGCUGGUUCAAGGAGGAGAUCGUGCCAGUGACGAUUGAAGUAAAGGGCAAAGACGGCAGCGUGACCAAGAAGGUCGUCACCGAGGACGAAGGCCCCCGAGAGGGCACCACCAAGGAAAGCUUGUCCAAGCUGAAGCCUGCCUUCCGUGCCGGCGGCAGCACCACGGCAGGAAACUCCAGUCAGGUGACCGAUGGUGCGGCCAUGGUCCUAUUGGCCCGCCGCUCCGCGGCCAAGAAGAUGGGUUUGCCCAUCAUCGCCCGCUUCCGUAGCUUUGCGUGCGUUGGUGUGGACCCCAAGCUGAUGGGCAUUGGCCCUGCCUUUGCCAUCCCGGUUGCUCUUGAGAAGGCUAGCCUCAAGGUCGACGACAUUGACAUCUACGAGAUCAACGAGGCCUUCGCGUCCCAGGCGACCAUGUCCUGCGACCACUUGAAGAUCCCCAUGGAGAAGCUGAACCCCAAGGGAGGCGCAAUCGCCCUUGGCCACCCGCUCGGUGCCACAGGUGCCAGGCAGAUCGCCACCCUGCUGCCCGAGCUGAAGCGACAGGGCAAGAAGUUGGGCGUCACCUCCAUGUGCUUGGGAAGCGGCAUGGGCGCGGCAUCCGUCAUUGAGGCUGAGUGA